AUGGUGUUUCCGACAUACCCAUUACUCUUGCCAUUCAAACUCACCGACCAAGAGGUGGUCGAGUUCUAUAACCGUAAUGCCACGAACACCAUCCCUGGAGCCCCCGAUUUGGACCUUCGUUACGCUGUCGACGGACAGCGCGAGCUAACAAUCUACAAACCACUUCCGACGGCAAGCACAGGGUCCAAAUUUGAGCUUCAAAACAAAGUUAUUGGAAUAUACGACAAAGGCUCAGCCGGCAGUGCCUUUGAUACAGAGCAAACGAUUGUCGAUUCCGUGACUGGCGAAGUGUACACUACGACGCGAAGUGUUAGUUUCGUCCCGAAACAAGGAAAUUGGGGUGGACCGAGAGUUCAAAUUUUGACUUCAGUAUUACUGGCCUCCCAGGCCCCAAAAUGCCUCUCCAUCCUGUCCCAAAUCGAGCACCAGAUGCAAGAUACGAAGUCCAAACCACGGAUAACACGGUUUUUCUCUACCGGUAAUGAUAUCCGUUUCAUCAUUGUUUGUUGGUAUCUCAAUGGUGACUACAAUCCGCUUCACGCAGUUCCAGGCCCAGGGCUAGAGAUGGGACUCGGUGGCGUCAUUAUCCAUGGUCUUUUCACAUAUAGCUCUACAUGUUAUGGAGUUGUGAGUAAGAUGUGUGGUGGCGAUGCAUCUCGACUCAAAAGUUUUGGGGCCAGAUUUGCUUCUCCUGUUAAACCCGGCGACAAGUUGACCACGACCAUGUGGUCGAUGGGUAUGACCGACGGACUGGAGGAACUCAGAUUCAUAACAAAAAACCAGGAAUCAAGAACUGUGUUGAGUAAUGGGAGGGCACUUUUGCUUCCUAGAAUCAGUUUAUCUAAUCUAUGA